AAUCAUUUUUAAUAAUUAAGAAAAUCAUAACAUAACCUCAAUAAUGAAUUUAAUUUCACCAAAAAAAAAAUUUAACAAAAACCUGGUUAAAACUGAUUCUAUUUUACCUUUUCGAGAAAAAAACGAUUUAUUUGAAGGUUAUUUUAACGGCUUUUCAGUUAUCAUCACCAAUAAAAACGAUGUGAAAGAAUUGGUCGAAAAGGGUUGUUUUGGAAAGCCGGAAUUUUCGAGGGCCGUUUCAAAUCAUGACCCAGAAUGUGUAAUUUUAAGAAAAAGGCAGUUUGAGUAUCGUAAAAAGUACCCAAUAGGAAAAGAUUUAAAAAAGAUAAUUAUAGUUCCUGACAGUGAGAGUGACGAUGAUUAUUUCACCGAUUUAAAACCAUUUUAUGAUUUUGAUAAAAGCUUAUUUAACAAUAACUCGUUAAUACUCUCAUUACAUGAAGCUUAUUUCUUAGCUGUUGAGUUAAAAUGUCUUAAAAUCGCCAACGUUGAGAAUCCUUGGGAUGAAUUUAAAAACAUAAAUCAAUAUUUUAUUAUCGAUUACGCAGUUUAUUUACAUUUUCGUUUAAAAAAUUGGGUUAUCAAAUCCGGUUUGAAAUUUGGAUGUGAUUUUUUACUUUACAAGCAAGGCCCUGCGUUUUAUCACGCUUCUUAUGUUGUAAUAAUAGAUGUUAUCAAUGAAAAGUUAGAUCGCAUUUUGAAUUUGCAAAGAAGAUCAAUGGAAUAUAAAAAUUUAAUUGGUUUAUAUCGUUUAGCAGAAACAACAGGAAAAGAACUUUUAAUUUGUCAAGUUAUUCUCCCAGAAAAUGUAAAUUUAACAUCUUGUGAUUGUUUAAAUCGUUUAUGUGUAAAUGAAGUGGUAUUUCGGCGAUUUAUUCCAUCAAAUUAACAGAUUAAACAAUA